AUCGGUCCAGACCACGCUACGUGAAUCCCGACUUCUCCUCUGCUCCCUUUUUUUUAGUUACUUAAUUUUAAUGAACCGAGUGACCUUCUAGUUCUACAGUUUUUGCUCAAGCGUGGUUAAUUCAAAGGCAGUAGCAUAAUUGGUUCUAUUUCUGAUAAUUGGUUCGAUUCCUAUACAGCUGUAAAUAGUAGCAGCUCUACUUUCCAAUUGAUGUGACCUAAAUUUACCAAUAUUCCCGGACAGCAUAUUGGGCAAAAGUGUGAAUGGGUUGGGUCUGGGUAGGUGCGUCGUUUCCACGAGGGGCAGCAACAACAACCAAAGGCCUUCCUGUAUUCCCCCACCUCUUCCAUCUCGUCAACGACGAUAAGAAGCGGCUCUGAGGCUAAAACAUCAGGGCGAGGGGGAACGAACAGCCAUGGCAGAGAAGCCGGAAAGCAAGACCGCCGAGCUCGACCCACCCCUGCACUCCAUGGGCUUCGAGAUCGACAUCGUCUCCCGGGAAAAGGUCAGCGGCCGGUUGAAGGUCGGGGAGACCUGCUGCCAGCCGUUCAAGGUGAUGCACGGCGGAGUAUCGGCUUUGAUAGCGGAGGCGCUGGCGAGCAUGGGGGCACACCUCUCGUCGGGGUUCCAGCGGGUGGCCGGAGUUCAGCUGAGCAUCAACCACCUGAAGCCUGCCAACUUAGGAGACCUCGUCGAGGCAGAAGCCACCCCUCUCAACAAGGGCAACCGAGUUCAGGUGUGGAUUGUACAACUGUGGAAGAUCGACCCUUUGACGCAGGAGAGAAGCGUCCUCAUCUCCACAUCAACAGUCACUCUCUUGAUCAGCCUACCAAUUCCAGAAAAUGCACGUGAUGCUGCAACUAAAUUGAAAAAGUAUGCCAAAUUGUAGAUCUCUCCCUCUCCCUCUCUCUCUCUCGCGUGCGCGCGCGCGCGGUAUGUUUGUUCAAAUGAAAAUAAGAUGGCGCUGCAUUACUAGUUUACGAAAUGGCAAGGAAAUAUGUGCUGCAAAAAAUUUCAUAGCAAAGAACCGAAGGCAGCAACAGAAUCCAAUGUGAUAGCUGCAUUAAUUUUUUUUUUUCCCUCAAAAAUGGAAAUGAGACAGCUUGGUAGUUGGUAACAGUUAAAAUAACGGUUCUCCAUUGUUCACGAUGCACUUGUCACUUGGGAGUUGAGAAUGGUACUUGAACAUGGCUGCUUACAGCCAUCAACAUUGAUAAAUUUCCAGGAAUUGGUUGUAGACUUCAAACAAAAGAGGACGACUUCGCGCACCACAAAACCAUAUUAACACCAAAUUUUCAGGCAUUUGAUGGCCCUGAAAACUUUUCAGAAGAGCUUUUUCCUGAAAAUUUUCCAAGAAACAUGCUUGACCUAAAACUUCGGAAAGAAAAUUUGGCAAGACCAUACAGGUUCAAUUGAUAAAUGGUAAGAACAACUUUUUCUAAAAUGUACCUUCCACAAAAAGUUCUUGUUAUCAAAGGCAACCAUAGCAACAGCUUCCGGCAUUGUUACAUGCAACCCACCAGUGGCGGAGCCAGAAAUUCAGGUCAGGGAGGACCAACGAUCAGUAAAUGUUUUAAUAAUUACAAUGAUGCAUACUUCGACACUUCACUUGAAUCAAUUUGUUCAGCAGCAGAUGGGCUUAGGCUCAGUUCAUGGAUUGCCUUUUCUAUUUAAGGCCAUCCAUUAGGAACUAAAAAAUGGCCCAAUGGCCAGAAAAAGAAAGGCCGACAUUUUGUGGAAGAAGAAAAAGGAGAGAAGUUUGAGGAGAAACAAGCAAAACAAGAUGUAGCAACUGAUCAUUUAAUAGGCUGGAAAAUGGUAGGUUGGCAUUAAUCAAUUGGACAGUUAUAGCUGAACUAAGUAUACCGAAUGUUUUAAACAUCAAAUGCGUUUGAUAAGGUGAUAACUCAAUGACAUGAAGUUCAACUCUUCUCCUCGGAACAUCAAAUUAUUCACCCAUAUUCAUUUGAAUGGGCGUGAGAUAAUAUAUUAACAGGAUAUGUCAUCACAUAGCGCAAGUACUUCCCUAACAACACACAGGCUGAGCUAGGAGGAGCGCCUAUGAUCCAGGUUGGUACCCAUAUAGUGCACUCGGCACCUCUGCAAUCCCCAUAGCCUAAAACAGUAACACGGAUCAGGUCACCCUCUGGACGAUCGUCCAGCAAUCUCAGCCUUUCACUUGGUCAUCCCGGAGGCAACCUGAUCUAUGUUCCUAACUCAGGUAUAUACAUGCUAAUGUGACAUCCACCAAUGAGACUAGUAAAUGAACCAAAUUUGGCAAGAUUGGGAACAUUCACUCUUGGACUAGUUAUAAAUGCAAAUUCUGAAGUAAGAAAGGGACUAGUUCCAAAUGCACCUGAAGCAAGAAAUGAUUUCCCAGUCAGGAUCAUUUCCAACACCUAAAAGUGGGAAGAAAACAUUCAUUCAGAAAAAAGCAAGAUACGAUGCAGGAUAUUUAUUUAUAUUGACACAGAAGAAUUGCUUGAGUUUUGGGACAACCAUUCCUAUAAUCCUAACAGGUGAUCUGCAGUGCCCAUUAUUAUGAAUGCAAAGGACAAACCUGCAACUCUGCAAGGGGUAGUCCAACCGGAACUAGCAUAGCUAGUCUCGCCAGGGUUCUCAGGAGCAUCAAACAGAUUAUAUUUGGAAUAUAAAGAGAGAGAUUUUAGAGAAAGAUGGGGCAAAAAUGUGAAUAAAUCAUACCAGAAUGAGAUUAGCAGAAAGAAAGAAGAGAGGGCUGGAUAAAAAACUUACAAUGUUAAAGAACGAAAAAGAGAGGCCAAUGGCAAACUGCAACCCACAACUUCCUAGAAUUAGCAGUAUCGAAAAUCUAAACUAGACUAACAUAAAGGUCCCCAAAGUGAUACCUUAAAAACUGUAAGAUACAUUUUAUCAAACUAGACGAAGAAAAAGGAACAACCAUUGAUGCACAGUUGUAAAAGAUGUUCUAAGGAGCCAACUCAGUUGACUUGGUAUUGCACAGAGCAACAGAACAGGAAACAAUAAUGACUAAGCUACUUCGUUGCAAAUGUGUGGUAAAAAGAACUCUCUCUCUCUCUCUCCAUCUUUUGGCCCAAGAAGGAUAAUAUGGCUGGUUGGGCAGCAGGCACAAGAUGAGGCAUGCCUACUGUUCGAUUCCUGUGGUGCUAUGCUUCCUUGUGGUGUUGAGAUAGAGUAGAGGGAGAAUUCUCUCUACCCACUUUUUUGUUUGUUAGCCAAGAUUCUCCUCUACAACUAUGCACUCUAAAAUGGUAACACCACUAAGGUUACAUCAGAAGAAACCUCAGAACUUUAUUAUGUACAUUUUGCAUGAUAUGUACUAUGUACAGAAAUAAGGUAGCACCAGUAAAAGCAUCCUUAAAAUCACGGCACAAGAUCAAAGCAAAUAACCUAAAAAAGACAAAACCAUCCUGUAAAUGCCUUAGCAAACGACAUCUUCUAUCAUAUAUUCAUGUAAGCUAAGUCAAAUGGUCUAACAAAAGAAGAUUUGACAUAUGCCUUGCUAAUGUUU